AUAUAUUCACACGAUCCCUCUUUCUCUCUUCUUCCAUUCCAAUUUCUCAAUUUCUUUCUCUUAUUCAAAGGUGUGUUUUAUUGUCUGGUUUAAAAGAUGGGAGGUGGUAAGGACAAACAUGAUGAAUCUUCUGACAAAGGGGUGUUUUCACAUCUUGCUCAAGGUAUAGCUGGUGCUGCUGCACAUGGUGGACAUGGAGGACAUGGUUACCCACCUGGUGCAUACCCUCCACAGCAAGGAUACCCUCCACAACAAGGUUAUCCACCUGCUGGGUAUCCUCCACAACAAGGUUAUCCUCCUAGUGGAUACCCUCCACAACAAGGGUACCCUCCUGCUGGUUAUCCUGGUGCACAUGCGGGUCAACAUGCCGGGUCUCAUGGACAUGGUGGUAUGGGAGCAAUGCUUGCUGGGGGUGCAGCUGCUGCUGCCGCUGCUUAUGGUGCUCACCAUGUCUCCCAUGGCGCUCACGGCGGCCAUUAUCCACCAGGCGGCUACCCACAGGGCGGAUACCCACAGGGCGGCUAUGCACAUGGUGGCAGUCACAUGGGUCACAUGGGCCACGGAAAAUUCAAGCAGCAUGGCAAGUUCAAGGGGGGAAAGCAUGGCAAAUUCAAGCAUGGAAAGUUUGGCAAACAUGGUGGAGGCAAGCAUGGGUUCAAGAAGUGGAAGUAAAUAAUGUAUAUGCAAUUAUGACUAAGUACAGCUUCUUAAUGCUUGCUACUUCAUAAAUAAACCGUACGUACUUCUUAUGAUGUAUUUCUUCUUGUUUUGCUAUUUCAAUGCACUGGAUCCUUUGAGCAAGUCUUGAGGUAUUAUUGGCUUACUGCUGACCGAAGUACUGACAAAUUGAUGUGUAAUGGCCUUAAUGUGUUUUGAUUCUCAUUACAUGUUUCAUGAAACUCAUUUGAUUGUUUUUAUAGUUUUCUCAAUCUGAACUGAAGUUUGUUAAUGAAAAGUGAAAACCUAUGUGAUCAUGUAAAACUUCUUAGCGGUGUUUAUUCGAAAAGAUAUGCUUAAUGAAAAGCAUCUCAUGUUCA